UGGGGGAGGGGGGAACGGGGUAGUUAUAUAAAGAUCGGCUCUCAGCUUCUUCGUCACUCGUUGGGUUGGUUUCUACAGAGCCAUGUCAGGACGCGGCAAAGGCGGCAAGGGCCUCGGUAAGGGAGGCGCUAAGCGCCACCGCAAGGUGUUGCGAGACAACAUCCAGGGCAUCACCAAGCCCGCCAUCCGGCGUCUGGCUCGGCGAGGUGGUGUGAAGCGCAUCUCCGGCCUCAUCUACGAGGAGACUCGCGGGGUGCUGAAGGUGUUCCUGGAGAACGUGAUCCGGGACGCCGUCACCUACACCGAGCACGCCAAGCGCAAGACGGUCACGGCCAUGGACGUAGUCUACGCGCUCAAACGCCAGGGGCGGAGGGGACCUACCGCUCUAUACGUGCACUACUCAUCGUUCGUGAUGGCUCGUACUAAACAGACAGCUCGCAAGUCCACCGGCGGCAAAGCGCCGCGCAAGCAGCUGGCCACCAAGGCGGCCCGCAAGAGCGCGCCGGCCACGGGCGGCGUGAAGAAGCCGCACCGCUACCGGCCCGGCACGGUGGCCCUGCGCGAGAUCCGCCGCUACCAGAAGUCCACGGAGCUGCUGAUCCGCAAGCUGCCGUUCCAGCGGCUGGUGCGCGAGAUCGCGCAGGACUUCAAGACCGACCUGCGUUUCCAGAGCUCGGCCGUGAUGGCGCUGCAGGAGGCCUGCGAGGCCUACCUGGUGGGGCUCUUCGAGGACACCAACCUGUCUAUUGCGAUAGCAACCAUGUCAGGUCGUGGUAAGGGGGGAAAAGGACUAGGGAAAGGGGGUGCUAAGCGCCACCGGAAGGUUUUGCGCGACAACAUUCAGGGCAUCACCAAGCCCGCCAUCCGGCGCCUGGCUCGGCGAGGUGGUGUGAAGCGCAUCUCCGGCCUCAUCUACGAGGAGACUCGUGGGGUGCUGAAGGUGUUCCUGGAGAACGUGAUCCGGGACGCCGUCACCUACACCGAGCACGCCAAGCGCAAGACGGUUACGGCUAUGGAUGUAGUCUACGCGCUCAAGCGCCAGGGACGUACCCUGUACGGCUUUGGCGGUUGAGAGUAUGAGAUUCGGUAUUCUUCAAACUUUGAAAACAAAGGCCCUUUUCAGGGCCGCCCAC